AUGCCCUCACACACUCUAUCAAUUCUUAUUCUCUGUUGUGCCUUGAUUCUAUUCACCUGUACCGUCUAUGCAACAUCAUUCAGUCAACCACGUCCUCCGACCAACUUGACAGCCCCGAUCGAUGCCGACUUGGUACAUCCUUGGACUCAUCAGGUGUGCGCCAAUAUCGAGUUGCACAAGGAUCAAUGCACGUUUGUGCAGUCAGCAUGCCAUGGCUUCAGUGGUCUCUACUUGCGCUUCUACUAUUGCACGACUCUAUGGAAACCUAUCGCCGUUGCUGCUUUGUGCUCAGCAUUGCUGCUCUUGUUUGGCGCAGUCAGCGUGGUGGCAUCAGACUUUUUCUGUCCUAAUCUCCAAACCAUAUCCGCCAAAUUACAACUCUCAGAAAGCAUGGCAGGCGUCACCGUAUUGGCUUUUGGAAAUGGAAGUCCUGAUUUAUUUAGCACGUUCAGUGCCAUGGACUCUGGUUCAGGAUCGUUAGCCAUUGGUGAAUUGAUUGGAGCAUGUUUCUUUAUCACGGCCAUUGUCGCAGGAUCGAUGGGGAUUAUCAGGCCGUUCCAAUCCAAGCGCAUUACAUUUAUGCGAGAUGCAACAUUUCUCACAGGUGCCAUCAUGAUGAUUACAUGGAUUGUGUAUCACCAAUGCAUUUAUUGGUAUCAUGGAAUCGCCCUCAUUGCAUAUUACCUUAUUUAUGUCCUGGUCGUCAUGCUGGGAGCCUACAACUUUCAGGGGAACAAUGCGCCCAACAGCAAAAUGGAGGAACAGCGAUCAGUAGCAGAGGAACUUAUUGAUGAGACUACACGCUUGUUGGGUGGCGGAUCAUCACGGCAACAACAAUCCAAACCACCUCGGUUGUCCAUACCCAUCCAUGGAUUUGCAACACCAGGAGGAGCUGUGGAGCACCAUUUAGGUCACAUUAUUCGACCCAUGACAGCAAGAUCCCUUUCAAGGCAUUCUUUACGCAUCGAUACCCAUUCCACAGGCUUUCCACGCACAACAAGUACCAGUGGCUCAAUCUCUUCACGCCUAGUACGACAGCCCAUGACACCACGCGUCGGCAUUAGAACUUCAUUUUUUGGUGCUAUCGAGUUUCAACAACAUGUCAAAGCUAUGCGUCGAGCCACAAGCUCAAACCAAUUUCCAGCGAGUCCUAGCACUACAACGACUACCAACAAUCAUUUGAGGCGACGUCAAAUUUCGAUGCCACAUUGGGGAAAGCAAAACAAUACUGGAGGAAUGUCAUCAACAAGUGUGGCGGCAACAACAGCAACACCAGGGGUGCAUGUAUCCUAUGGUGCCCGUAGUGCAACGAUUGGUAGACCACGAGCAUCCACUGUCAAUGAUCACCUACUCACAACUCAACGACCCAAUAAUCAUCACAACAGCAACAAUGGACCCAUGUCACCCGAUAGCACGGGGAGCAGUACUGGAUUGGCUGAAGAUUACUUUGCCUAUUUAUCAGCAAACCAACACAACCAAUGUCCAAUGAUGGAGUUACCUGAACAAGAAGUGUGUCGCAGUGGUACCGAUCUUACGAUUCCAGAGAUCCGUUUGGCUCCACCCAACAAUAAUAAUGCAAUGCAUCCAUCAUCAUCACCCAAUGAACCAAGGAGAUUGCGCAGGGGAAGCACAUCCCUUCAUGUACCCCCAAGUCCGAGCAUUGCCAACACCGAAGAUGAUAUCUACGUGUCAGCACGCCAAAGCCCAGCUGUCAGCCCGUCGCCAUCCAUGUAUUAUGUUCCUCAUCAUCACUCCCCCGAUCACCGUUCCAUUUCCAUUGUCCUUUCUCAUGUCGAUAAUCAAGGCGACUUGCCAUUUGUUCAACGUGCCCUCGAACCACACUUUGCCCUACCAGAGUCUCGAGCUUCAUGCACAACCUGUUUCACAGCAUGUUGCCCACAGCUUAUGGAUAGCGUGCGUCAAGCACUUUUCCCAACGAUGCAAGAUUGGUGCGAAAAGUCAUGGUUUUGUAAACUCAGCACGCUUAUUGCCGUGCCUCUUGUCCUUGUCUUCACUCUUACAUUACCCGUGGCUGAACAGGAAGGCGGUGUUCAAGUGGAUGAUUUCCAAAUUCUUGAUGAAGAUGAAGAUAAUGAUCCUGCAAAGCAUCUUUAUUUGUCCGUUGCUACCGAUGAUGGCUAUUCAGAUAUCAUGGCUGAUGACCCCUUAAUGCAAGAUGAAUUCCAGCAGCAACAGCAACAACCUUGGUGUCGUUGGCUCCUUGCUUUGCAAGCUGUUUGUGGUACCACAUUCCUUGCUGUUGUCAUGGCAAUCAACGAAUUUAUUGCACCCGUGCACAUCGUAUUUGGUUUUGCUGCAGGAUGCAUGCUGGCAGGUUUGGUGUUUAUUGGAACGGAUGCGGAUAAACCACCAAAGUGGUCUUGGAUGUUAUCAUUUGCCGGCUUUUUCGUUGCGCUCAACUGGAUCUUUUUCCUUGCCAACAAUAUGGUGGGCCUACUCAAGGCCCUUGGUAUGAUCUUUGACAUUAGUGAAGCCAUCAUGGGAUUGACUGUGUUUGCUUUGGGCAACAGCAUUGGUGAUUUUGUGGCCAACACGGCGAUUGCCAAGAUGGGAUUCCCUACAAUGGCCAUCUCAGCAUGUUAUGCAGGUCCGCUUUUGAACAUGGUGCUUGGUGUGGGUGUCUCAUCGUCGUACCAAAUUUUCAAGACCGGUAAACCAUACCAAUUGGAUAUUGCACCAACGAUCCUUGUAUCAGCAGCAGGACUCAUUAUGGUCUUACUGAGCACGCUAGUGGUGGUGAACCUGAACAACUAUUACAUCAACAAAAGGCUGGGAAUAUGGAUGAUCGCCAUUUACAUGAUUUGUUGUAUCAUCAACGUAACACUAGAGUGGGGCAUUGCUCUUUGA